ACUCAGUCUAAGAACUAUGUAAGAUGCACAGCCUCGAAAAAAUGUUAUAUAAGUAAUUAUUUGUAAAAAACGAAGAAAUGAAUAAAAUAUUUCAAAUUUUAUAUAUUUCUGUGAUAUGGCACGCGACAAGGGUUUAUUCCGAUGCCACUAAUGUUAAAUACACAUACAAUUCGUCGGAUCUAUCGUAUUUGUCGAAUGGGAUUCAAUUCCCGGUCGAUGAAAGUGAUAUUGAAAUAUUAGGGGAGGAUAGAAGAUUUAGUAACGGGUCUCAGUUCUGGUGGUUUUCGAGGCUGUAUGAUCACUACAAAUGGUGGAAACGGUUAGAGGAUUUAGAUAAUGUUUCGUGUAGAAGUGAUAUGAUGGUGUACUUAAAGGAACUAGUAAAUGGUACUAGUUGGGCAUUGAAAAUGUAUGAUGCUUCUGGAAGAUACUCGGGCCAAUUUUUCUUCGGAAACGACUAUUGGCUGGGAUCGAUGACCCUGUGCGAGGAACUAACCAAUAAGAAAUGGAAUGCAGCAGUACCACCAUUUCCAGUUCAAUUCUAUAUUGCAAAAGUGCGGAUAAAUUUGAACCAUCAAGAUACACCAGUAACCAGGCAGCUAAAUAUUGGAGAAUGUCUCCCCAAAUCCUGUGGAACAAAAGAGGUGCGGUCUCUACUUACGUUAGAACAAAAUGGGGCAACUUCCAUGACUAUAGCGGGUAUACGUAAAGUACCUGGUGACUAUUCAUUGCUCUCAGAUAUCAAGGUUCAUCUACUUGGAGGAACAUGUCUAGCUUUAUUCUUCAUAAUAUUAACAGCUUCAGUGGUAGAUUAUUCCAAAAUAUCAAGCGACCAAAGGCUAAGAUCGAAGAAACUCCAUCCAGACAACAAUAACAUUGUCAAUUAUAACCAUGGAGAUAUACGAAACGGAGCUAUAGAUCUAAACAUUGAAGCAAAAAAGGAAGAUACAAAAAAGACGGGUCUGCUAUUGAAACUUCUUCUAUCCUUUUCGUCUGUCACAAAUGGGAGAAAAAUUUUGUCGGUACAACACAUUUCUCUGGAAUCUAUCAAAUGCAUUCAUGGUUUACGAUUUUUCUCGAUAUCCUGGAUAAUAUUGGUUCACAGCUACUUAGAACUGUUUGCAGUAAGUGACAACAAGAAUUUAAGAACUCUUACAGAGAGAAGGUUUCUGUAUCAGACCAUUUCUAACGCUACCUUUUCUGUCGACACUUUUUUCUUCAUAAGUGGUCUCCUAGUAACACUAACUUAUUUUCGUACCGCAGUAAAGAAAGACAGCCUGCCAGAACCACAGAAACCUGUUCGACACCUCAUCGGCAGAUUUUUUUUGAUGAUUAUCUACAGAAUAAUAAGACUAACACCAGCAUAUGCAUUUAUUUUGGUUCUAAACGAAAUAGUGAUGAGAUAUUUGCACUCAAAUUCCGUUUUCUCUCCAGCCAUCAUCGACCACAUCAGCUGCGAUCGCUAUUGGUGGCGCAACCUACUUUAUAUCAAUAAUUUUUUUCCUCAGAAUGAGUUUUGCAUGCUCUGGUCUUGGUAUAUGGCUAAUGAUACGCAGUUUUACAUAAUUGCUUGUGUAUUAUUGUUGAUAGCAGUACGCAAAAAUAGCUACGUAAAAUUGGCAGGCGUGGCUAUCGCCUUACUUAUGACGGCUUCCUGGAUUACAACCUUCAUCAUCGCCAUGAAAUGGAACUACGUAGCGAGAGUAGAAGAGCCUUUCGCUCUUUUUGACCAACUUUAUGACAAGCCAUGGUUAAGAAUAGGUCCAUAUCUUAUAGGAAUGGUGGUGGGAUACUAUUUGUUUAAGGUUGAUUGCAAGCAGAAGUUUCCCGCAAUAGUUGUUACCAUAGGAUGGAUAUUGUCGUUGGGAUGUCUGGGGUGUUUGGUAUAUGGAUUGGGCAGAGAGGGAUUAGCGGUACCAACAUCUGCUUUCUAUGCAGCUUUGGGUCAUUCAGCUUGGGGCCUAUCGAUAGCUUGGAUAACUAUAGCUUGUUGCAGCGGAUACGGAGGACCUUUCAACUCUAUUUUGAGCUGUAAGCUGUUCUUGCCCUUAAGUAGACUCACCUAUUGUGCUUAUCUAGUCCAUCCUGUAUUAAUGUGCCUUACCAGUUUCCAUUUAGAUGGAUCUCUUCACUUGCAUCAAGCCAUGGCGGUUGUAAUAUAUUGCGGAAAUCUGGUGAUUUCAUAUCUGAGUGCCUUCAUUAUCUCCUUGGCGUUUGAGGCUCCCAUUGUAAAUUUGCUCAAAAUUAUAUUUAAUUAACUAAUUUAAAUUGAUUUCUGUACAUAUACCUUAAGUUAAAA